AUGAACCUCGGGGUGGAGGUGGCCACGCUGGAGAACACGCGCCUCGUGCUGGAGAUCGACAACGCGAGACUCGCGUCCGAGGACUUCCGCAUAAAGUGGGAGGCGGAGUCUGCGCUGCGCGAGACGGUGGAGGCGGACGCUCACGAGCUGCGCCGCCUGUCGGCCGAGUACUGCGCGUGCCGCAAUCAGCUGGCGUGCGAGCAGAACGUGCUGCAGGGAGAGAUCCACACGCUCAAGGACCAUCACCGCGGGGAGAUGGAGUCGCUCCGCAUGGACUACAGCAGCUCCACCACCAAGGUGGAGAUGGACAACUCCCCCGGGGCCGACACGGCCGGUAUCAUCAGCGAGAUCCGUGCACAGUACGAGACCAUGAUCCACAACAACCGCCACGAGGCCGAGUGCAUGCUGCACAGCAAGCUGGAGGCUGCCGAGGCAUCGGCCGUGCACUCCCACGGGGAGCUGUCGGCCGCUAAGAGCCAGGCUCACCACCUGCGGCAACAGUUCCAGACUCUGGAGGUGGAGAUGGAGUCACUCCGCAGCGCGAACGCGACGUUGGAGGACAACCUUGCGGAGACGGAGGAGCGCUUCAGCGUGGAGGUGCGCAGCCUCGCCGAGGUCCUGUCGCGUCUGGAGGCCGAGUACUCGGACGUGCGCGCCAACGUGGAGCGUCAGCUGCACGAGUACGAGUCGCUGCUCAACAUCAAGAUGGGUCUGGAGAUGGAGAUCUCCACCUACAAGUGUCUCAUCGAGGGCGAGGACUCGAGGCUGAGCAGUGAGGUUCGCUGUAACCCCGCGUGCUGCGGCUCCAGCAGAGUCUGCUCCUCCCUCCCCAUGCCUUGCGGCAAGGACCCGUGCAGCCUGAACGUGUGCUCCUCGGGGCCCGUGUGCACCAUGCCCUGCCUGAAGUGA